CCAUGAUGUUUGCAAUCUAGGUAAUGCAAUCUAGGAUUUGGCAGACUGUAACAUAAUGCUCACGUGUAUCGGGCAUUGAUGUUAUUUUACAUUAAUUUACAUUAAUUUAUCCGCAAAAUUAUUAUGUGUACAUACAUAUGUGAUAUAUAAGUGAGACAAAUCAGUGCAAGGAGAAAGUUUAUAAUCUGCGAGUAACAUGCAGUUAACUAGUUUUGACGCUUUACAUGUAUAUUUUAUUAAUUGAUAAUGUAAUAUUGGAAAGUUCCUUUCGUUUAAUAACAAAGAGAAAAUAAUGGAAGAGGGAGCGAUGUUAUGGAUGCUCACUCUUGUUAUGCUGGUUGGCUCUUGCUUGGCUGGAUCUUUGCCAUUAGUCAUGAGUUUGUCGGAAGAUAAAUUACAAUUGGUGUCGGUAUUAGGAGCGGGUCUUCUUGUUGGAACUGCAUUAGCAGUGAUUAUACCUGAAGGGAUAAGAGCUUUAUUUACUGGUGAAAUUACUAAUGGAAAAGAGUCGCACGGUGAUUUACACUCUUUAAUUGGAAUUAGUUUAGUACUUGGUUUUGUAUUUAUGCUUCUGAUCGAUCAGUGUUCAGCGAGAAAAAGCGACGGAAGACAGAAGAGCGUUACAGCAACUUUAGGUCUUGUAGUACAUGCAGCAGUCGAUGGGGUUGCGUUAGGAGCUGCUGCUACUACGUCUCAAGCUGAUGUUGAAGUGAUAGUUUUUCUGGCGAUAAUGUUGCACAAAGCGCCAGCUGCAUUUGGACUUGUGUCGUUUCUCCUUCAUGAAGGCGUAGAUAAAAAGAGGAUAAGCAGACAUCUAUUAAUUUUUUCUCUUGCGGCACCAUGUCUUGCACUUGUGACAUAUUUCGGAAUUGGAAAAGAAGGAAAAGAAACGCUGAGUAGUGUUAAUGCAACUGGUUUGGCUAUGUUGUUUAGUGCUGGAACAUUUCUUUAUGUAGCCACUGUACAUGUUUUGCCAGAAUUGAUGACAAGAAGCAGUAGUUAUUCGCAUGUGCCAAGCGUUGAAGGUGCAACGCUCUCUACUACUGGACUUAAAGUUAAAGAAAUAUUAUUCUUGGUAAUAGGAUCAUUUUUACCUGCUUUGAUUACAACUGGACAUCAUCAUUGACUAGUAGAAGUAUUAUAUAAAGAUAUUCAUUGCGUAAAUAAAAGUUUUUAUUCUAAUUUAAGAAAUCCUAUCUU